AUGACUAGCCCUGACCCUGACUCACUACGAAAGGAAGGAGAGAAAAGGGCGUCCAUGGAUUAUAGUACAUACAGCCAAGCUGCAGCCCAGCAGGGCUACAGGGCUUACGCCGCCCAGCCCGCUCAAGGAUAUGCACAGACCACCCAGCAGGCAUAUGGGCAGCAAAGUUAUGGAACCUAUGGACAGCCCGCUGAUGUCAGCUACACCCAGGCGCAGACCACUGCAACCUACGGGCAGACCGCCUAUGCAACUUCUUAUGGACAGCCUCCCACUGGAUAUUCUACUCCAACUGCCCCCCAGGCAUACAGUCAGCCUGUCCAGGGGUACGGCACUGGGGCUUACGACACCACCACUGCUACGGUUACUACCACCCAGGCCUCCUAUGCAGCUCAGUCUGCAUAUGGCGCUCAGCCCGCUCACCCGGCGUAUGGACAGCAGCCAGCAGCCACCGCGCCUGCAAGACCGCAGGAUGGUAACAAACCCGCUGAGACUAGUCAACCUCAAUCUAGCACAGGGGGUUACAACCAGCCCAGCCUAGGAUAUGGACAGAGUAACUACAGUUAUCCCCAGGUGCCUGGGAGCUACCCCAUGCAGCUGGUCUCAGCACCACCAUCCUAUCCUUCUACCAGCUACUCCUCUACGCAGCCGACUAGUUAUGAUCAGAGCAGUUACUCCCAGCAGAACACCUACGGGCAGCCGAGCAGCUAUGGACAGCAGAGUAGCUAUGGUCAACAAAGCAGCUAUGGGCAGCAGCCACCCACUAGUUACUCCCCCCCCAAGACUGGAUCCUACAGCCAGGCUCCAAGUCAAUAUAGUCAACAGAGCAGCAGCUACGGGCAGCAGAGACCCAUGGAUGAAGGACCAGACCUUGAUUUAGGCCCACCUGUAGAUCCAGAUGAAGACUCUGACAACAGUGCCAUUUACGGGCAAGGCCUGAACGACAGUGUGACUCUCGAUGACCUGGUGGACUUCUUUAAGCAGUGCGGAGUCGUUAAGAUGAACAAGAGGACUGGACAACCCAUGAUCCAUAUUCACUUGGACAAGGAAACAGGAAAGCCCAAAGGUGACGCUACGGUGUCUUACGAAGACCCAGCAACUGCCAAAGCUGCUGUCGAGUGGUUUGAUGGGAAAGAUUUCCAAGGGAGCACACUUAAAGUGUCUCUUGCUCGGAAGAAGCCGCCCAUGAACAGCAUGCGGGGAGGGAUGCCGCCGCGCGAGGGCAGGGGGAUGCCGCCGCUGCUCCGAGGAGGUCCAGGGGGCCCAGGAGGUCCUGGAGGACCCAUGGGGCGCAUGGGAGGCCGUGGAGGAGACAGAGGCGGCUUCCCACCAAGAGGGCCCCGCGGUUCCCGGGGGAACCCGUCUGGAGGAGGAAACGUGCAGCACCGAGCUGGAGCCUGGCCGUGCCCCAACCCGGGCUGUGGGAACCAGAACUUCGCCUGGAGAACAGGGUGCAACCAGUGUAAGGCCCCAAAGCCUGAAGGCUUCCUCCCACCGCCUUUCCCGCCCCCGGGCGGUGACCGCGGCAGAGGUGGCCCUGGAGGCAUGCGGGGAGGAAGAGUGGCCUCAUGGACCGCGGUGGCCCUGGUGGAAUGUUCAGAGGCAGCCGUGGUGGAGACAGAGGUGGCUUCCGUGGCGGCCGGGGCAUGGACCGUGGUGGCUUUGGUGGUGGAAGACGAGGUGGCCCUGGGGGACCCCCUGGACCACUGA